CGGCCCCUGCCAACGAGACAGGGCCGCUGCUGGAGCCUGCGCGCCGCCAUUGUUGCCGGCCUGCCUUCUCUUCCCCCUCUUCCCUCCCGCUCCCUUCUCAGCGCCCGCGGAGCAUCCGACGCCAUCCGCCGCCAUGGUGAACUUCACCGUAGACCAGAUCCGGGCCAUCAUGGACAAGAAGGCCAAUAUCCGGAACAUGUCCGUUAUCGCCCACGUCGACCACGGGAAGUCCACCCUGACAGACUCCCUGGUCUGCAAAGCCGGGAUCAUCGCCUCUGCCCGGGCCGGAGAGACCCGCUUCACUGACACGAGGAAAGACGAACAGGAGAGAUGUAUCACCAUCAAGUCCACGGCCAUCUCCCUCUUCUACGAGCUCUCAGAGAAUGAUUUAGCCUUCAUCAAGCAGAGCAAAGAUGGCUGCGGCUUCCUCAUCAACUUGAUAGACUCCCCGGGCCACGUGGAUUUCUCCUCGGAGGUCACGGCUGCCUUGCGCGUCACCGACGGCGCCUUGGUGGUGGUGGACUGCGUUUCUGGUGUGUGCGUCCAGACGGAGACCGUGCUGCGCCAGGCCAUCGCCGAGCGCAUCAAGCCUGUCCUGAUGAUGAACAAAAUGGACCGGGCCUUGUUGGAGCUGCAGCUGCAGCCGGAGGAACUUUACCAGACCUUCCAGCGCAUUGUGGAGAACGUGAACGUCAUCAUCUCCACCUACGGGGAGGGCGAGACCGGCCCUAUGGGCAACAUCAUGAUUGAUCCAGUCCUGGGCACUGUCGGUUUCGGAUCUGGUCUCCAUGGCUGGGCCUUCACCCUGAAGCAGUUUGCCGAGAUGUACGUGGCCAAGUUCGCCGCCAAGGGCGAAAGUCAGCUGAGCCCCGCCGACCGGGCCAAGAAAGUAGAGGACAUGAUGAAGAAACUCUGGGGAGACAGAUACUUUGACCCAGCCACCGGAAAAUUCAGCAAAUCCCCCAAUGGCCCUGAUGGGAAGAAACUGCCCCGAACCUUUUGCCAGCUGAUCCUGGACCCCAUUUUCAAGGUGUUUGACGCAAUCAUGAACUUCAAGAAGGAGGAAACCGCGAAGCUGAUAGAGAAGCUGGACAUCAAGCUGGACAGCGAGGACAAAGAUAAGGAAGGGAAGCCGUUGCUGAAGGCGGUGAUGAGACGCUGGCUUCCCGCCGGGGAGGCCCUCCUUCAGAUGAUCACCAUCCACCUGCCUUCCCCUGUCACCGCUCAGAAGUACCGUUGCGAACUGCUCUACGAAGGGCCCCCCGAUGACGAGGCUGCCAUGGGAAUCAAGACCUGUGACCCCAAAGCACCCCUGAUGAUGUACGUCUCCAAAAUGGUGCCCACCACUGACAAGGGCCGCUUCUAUGCCUUUGGGCGGGUCUUCUCCGGGGUCGUCUCCACCGGCCUCAAGUGCCGGAUCAUGGGGCCCAACUACACGCCGGGCAAGAAGGAAGAUCUGUACCUGAAGCCGAUCCAGAGGACCAUCCUCAUGAUGGGGCGCUAUGUGGAGCCCAUCGAGGACGUGCCUUGCGGGAACAUCGUGGGGCUGGUGGGGGUCGACCAGUUCCUGGUCAAGACGGGCACCAUCACCACCUUCGAGCAUGCCCACAACAUGCGGGUCAUGAAGUUCAGUGUCAGCCCCGUCGUGCGGGUGGCCGUGGAGGCCAAGAACCCCGCCGACCUGCCCAAGCUGGUGGAAGGCCUGAAGCGGCUGGCCAAGUCCGACCCCAUGGUGCAGUGCAUCAUUGAGGAAUCCGGGGAGCACAUCAUUGCUGGCGCUGGAGAGCUGCACUUGGAGAUCUGCCUGAAGGACCUCGAGGAAGACCAUGCCUGCAUCCCAAUCAAGAAAUCCGACCCGGUGGUGUCGUACCGGGAGACGGUCAGCGAGGAGUCCUCAGUCCUCUGCCUCUCAAAGUCCCCCAACAAGCACAACCGCCUGUACAUGAAGGCCCGGCCCUUCCCCGACGGCCUGGCCGAGGACAUCGACAAGGGCGACGUCUCCGCCCGCCAGGAGCUGAAGCAGCGCGCCCGCUACCUGGCCGAGAAGUACGAGUGGGACGUGGCCGAGGCCCGCAAGAUCUGGUGCUUCGGUCCCGACGGCACUGGGCCCAACAUCUUGACGGACAUCACCAAGGGAGUCCAGUACCUCAACGAGAUUAAGGACAGCGUGGUGGCUGCCUUCCAGUGGGCCACCAAGGAGGGCGCCCUCUGCGAGGAGAACAUGCGGGCCGUGCGGGUGGACGUCCACGAUGUGACCCUCCACGCUGACGCCAUCCACCGUGGCGGCAGCCAGAUCAUCCCCACCGCCCGGAAGUGUUUCUACGCCUGCAUGCUGACCGCCCAGCCCCGACUCAUGGAGCCCAUCUACCUCGUGGAGAUCCAGUGCCCAGAGCAGGUGGUGGGUGGCAUCUACAGCGUCUUGAACAAGAAACGGGGCCACGUCUUCGAAGAAUCUCAGGUGGCCGGCACCCCCAUGUUCGUGGUCAAGGCCUACCUCCCGGUCAAUGAAUCUUUUGGUUUCACCGCCGAUUUGAGAUCCAACACGGGGGGCCAAGCGUUCCCCCAGUGCGUCUUUGACCACUGGCAGAUCCUCCCCGGAGACCCCUUCGACAGUGCCAGCCGGCCUUCUCAAGUGGUUGCCGAGACCCGCAAGCGGAAAGGGCUCAAGGAGGGCAUUCCCGCCUUAGAUAACUUCCUGGACAAAUUGUAAAAAACCCGAUGCAGAGAAAUGAAAAAUUAUGAACACAAAAUAAAAUGCAACACAUCAGGUCUUGGAAAAAAAGAAUAAAUUUUAAAAAUGGCUCUUUGUCGGGACUCCAGAUUGAAUUGGUGUAGUAGCACGGACAUCUUGGGUGUGGGCCCAAGCUGGGGGUUGGGGGUUGGAGAGCCCUGGGGCUGCCUCCUUGUGCGAUUGAUUUCAGCGCUGAUGAAAUAGAUCCGUUAACAAGGAAGCGGCCUUUGCCAGCCUUAACGGUGUUCUAGUGGGCUGUCUCUCAUUCAUGGCCAUCGCAACCCCGUUGUGCUCUUCCAGAGGGUGCAACCGAGGGAUCAACCACCUCACUAUUUAUUCAGCCCAGGUGGCAACUAGGGAGAAAAAAAACCCAUGAUAAUUUUUUCCCUUCCUUGAUGGGAGCCACUUAGGAGGAAAAACAGAAGGGGGUUGUGUAGGGUUGAUCUGUGGAAUUCAUUCCGUGUUCCAGAAAAACUGUGCACACAAUCUGGAAGUUUUAAGGAGAAGGAGGAACGAGGAUGCCGGCCCUUCCUUGGGGAGAAGAGAGAAAAGUGUUUAAACUUUUUUUCUAGUUUAAAAUAAUUAGGAGGGGCUUCCACAGUGUGGUGAAUGGGGCACGGGUGCGAAUCAUUGUAUCGGUAAUCACUGGAAUAAUAAAUUUCAUAAGGCGAUG